GGCAGAAAUAAAUAACCAGAAGUGUUUCUGUUAAAUCAAACUGAAACUGCUUUAAUAUUUAUCUCUGGUAAAAGUUCUAAAAAAUAUAAAUAAUUUAGUCUUUACCACCUCGUUUGAUCAAGAAUAAAAAUAUUUAACUUUAUUACAAUGGCUGAACCAAAUAAGACUCAUAAAAUUAGCAAUGAUUAUUAUUUAGAAUCAGAAGAUGACGGACAAGUCAUCCUCCCAUCAUUUAAAGAACAUCAAAAAGAUAAUCUACGAAUUCCCCAUGGUAUAGUAAUAUCAGGUGAAGCAUCGGAGUCUGAUGAUGAAAUCGAUACUCAUCAUGCCAUUCCUUUAUCAGCAUCUCAGAAAUAUGCUUCUUCUUCAGCUAGUGAUCUUUCUGUAUCACCUUCUUGGGAAAAAAACUUCACUGAACCUUCAGAGAAGACAUCAUCGGCUGGCAGCUCUACAACCCAACAUAAUACGUUGCUGCAUAAGAAACUUAGAGAGAAAAAUCAAGUGUUAAGGAAGAAUAUCGUUGAACUUGUGACACAACCAUAUGAAUCUGCUUCAAAAGAAAUACACAAUAUUUCUCAGCAACUAAUUAAAUCACAACUACUAGUGCAGGAACUUAGAAACACCAUCAGAAGAUUAACAAAUGAUUUAUUUGAUAUGGAAGAUAAAAUGGAAGCUUUAAGAACUGGAUCGUUUUUGCCCAACAUGUAUGAACCAACAACGUCUGAAUAAUGUUGUCUGUUUGUAAGCCUUUAUUGUGAAAGAUCUAGUGAGUUUAUGUGGAAAUUUUUUCUUUUUGUAUCACCUUUUCACUGAAUAGCACAAGAAGAAACUGGUUUACCUUUUACGACAGCAACCCUAUUGGUCUUGAACCAAGAAAUGAAUAAGAGUUAUACUGUUGUAAUUUGUUUCAUAAAUUAUCUUUUUGUGAGAAAAGAAAAACAAAUGCUUUCAUGUAAAAUGCAAAAUUUAAUACGUAUAUUGAAGUCUAAAUGAUAAAAUGUCAUUCAUGUAUGUAAACAUUCCUGCACAUACAGUUAAAUAAUAGCUGAAUUCUAUCACUGGGCAGUGAUACCGCUACACGCAGUUAUGUGUUAAAUUAUGCCUAAACUUGUAGAGGGAAUGUGCAAAAAUAAAUUAUGAUGCCUUUCCUGGGACAUGUAAUAAUCCAGUGCGAUAAAAACUUAGCUGGUCUCUUGUUUUAUGGAGGCAAAAUUUAUUAAUAUAUAACAGUUUCGUUAGUAUUUGAAGGAGAAAAAUAGAGUGAUUUUGAGUUUCAAAUUUCAUCAUUAUUUUUCCUUGAUGCAAGAGUGUUUGAUUAUUAACUAAUUAACAUUGUUGUCCGAAAUAUAAAUUAUAUUGUUGUGAAAUUCUUUGUUUUUUCUAUCAAUCGAUAGAAUAAUUAUGAAUAUAAUAGAGGGCUGUUGAGGUAGAGAAUUCAUAUUUAAAAUAAGUACCUGUUUUUUAGUAAAAAGGGAAAAGGGUUCCUGAAAUAUGGAUAUCCAGGUCUGAAAGGAGUGCCUCCCAAUUACUGUAUUAGUAGCUGAAAGUUUUGAUACAUAUUAGACAAUUAUUUAAAAGAAUAUUUAAUUUACAUAAAAAAUAAAAUAGUAAUUUUUCAAUUUUUUUUACAGCUUUGCAAGUAUAAUUACUAUAGAAUAGCAUCGAUUGAAGCUAAUGUGUUUGACUUCAUAAAACUUAAAUUCCCAUUGAAACUUUUAAUGAUGAAAAUCAGCGAAACUUUUUAACUUAAAUUUAAAUAUAAAUAAAUAAGAAAAUUAGCAUUUUUUCAUGGAUUUCCAAAAUGUUAGUAAAAGUGAAAGAAAACUUAUGCUGUUUGUCAGUUUAAAGCAUAUUAAGUAGUAUAUAUUUAUUUCCGUUGGGAACAAACACUCUUUCCCCCCUAAAUGCAUAGAUUGGUGCCUUUUCACAUUCUAACAAAUCCUAAACUACUUAGAAGGUCUAGAAAAAAUUCGUUUUUUAAAUAAAUGUAAAUAAGAACCUGAUGUUGCGCACUUCACAAGGUUUGAAAUUGACAGUGGCCUGGGAUCACUAAUAUCUAAAUCCAAUAUUAAAAAUUAUUACUAUCCAUUAACACCCACUGCUGGUCUCCCAGAUCAGCAGGGAUAGUACGCUGUUUAGGUUUUUUGGCUUCAUGUUUUUAUGGAAAAUUGGAUUAUUUCAACAUAAUUGCAAACAUUACACAUUCUCUGAGAGUAAUUUUUAAUAUUUUGAAAAAUUUCUAAUCGAGAUACGUUAACAAAACUUUCAAAAUGCUUACGGACUAAUAUAUAAUCUUUUUUUCACUGGUCUUUUGAACCUGUGACUAAAUUUCUUAAUGUCUACCUUUGCUAGAAAUUGAAUGAUUUCUUUGAAAACAGAUACAAACCAUUACCACUGGUCAUUUCUGAUCCUCUGGCUUAAGACCAUUUAUUUCACCUGAAGUUCUUCUAAAGUAAGGUACUAGUAAAGUAAGCUACUAGUUUUAUUUCUGUUAUGCAUAAUACUGAUGACCUAAGAAAUUUUAAUGUUCUCAUAUAUUCUGGAUAAUUGAUUCUGGUUUUGUAAAUUUAAUGACAAUGAUUGCUGAUUCAACUAAUGUUUGAGUUUAGAAACCAGCAGACACUGGAUUACCAAAUCAUAUUAAAAAAAAUUUUAUUCCUUAAACCCUCAUAACUGUGUUUCUUCUUGUCUUCUGGGUUGGAUUCAAAAUGAAAUGCUUAUGUAGUUGAACACUGAUAGCUGCAAAUCUGAUAUGGAUCAGAUGUUUAAUGCUAGUGAUUGAGAGAAGAAAAAACAUGUUUCUUUAUGACACAUUGUAUAAAUGUAUAAUUUUUAUCAAUGAGUGUGAUCAUCCACUUUUUGUCCAUUCUAUGAAACAUUCCAUAAUACAACUGUUGUCAUUUCACUUUUCUUCUGUGAUUUAUUGUAAUGUAUUCUUAUUAGUAUAACUAUCAACUGUUUUUGUGAUUAGGCUGAUUAGUUGAUUUUUACACAUUGUAAACAACAUGCAAAAAUUUAUUUAAAAAUAUUUUUGCAUUGCUUUUGAUUAUCAAACUUUCAUGUACUUAUCUGCAUGAUUUGAGAGGACCAUCUGAAAUAUGCUAGUUAAUUAGAAACAUUGCUAUGUAAUUUAAUAAUCAAUGUUAAUUAUGCUUAAUAAAAUUGUUGUUACUUUUUGUCA